UCUCUCUCUCUCUCUGUCUAUCUCUCUCUCUGGCCUGUGCUGCGUAUAUGUAUGUAUGUACAUGUGUGCUAAAAGAGUAAAAAGUCCGAUUGAUACCCAGCCUCAAGCAUCAAGCUCCUCCUUUGAAGUUUGAACGCUCCGUCUCCUAUUUCUUCCUUCUUUAAAACACAAAACACCCGUUUCUCCUCCUCUCCCUGUACAGAGCGAAAAGAGCCAUACAAGGAUUCUAUAGAGAGUUUAUUGAUGUGGGUCUCUGGUUAAAUGGAUACCUUGUUUAGGCUAGUAAGUCUUCAAUCUGAUCAGUCUAUCAAUUCCAGUAGAACCUCUAGCAGCUCCAGAUCCUCUAGACAAAACCAUCCGUACCACCAACAAGAAGAAGAAUGCGGCAACUUUUUCAUGGAUGAAGACGACUUCUCUUCUUCCUCAAAACAAUUUUUCCCUUACCAACAGUACCACUAUCCAUCCACCGCCACGACCUCAACCCCUACCACCACUACUAACACCAGUACUACCACCACUCAUGGAUUUGAACCCUCUCAUGAGUUUGCUUUCAGCUCCCCUUGUCCUGACCUCAACUUCGAAUUCGCCUCUACGACGUCCGGUAAAUGGGCAUCAAACCUCCUUCUCGAGACUGCUAGAGCAAUCGCGGAUAACAACAGUUCCCGGACCCAACAGCUAAUGUGGAUGCUCAACGAACUCAGCUCCCCGUAUGGUGACACCGAUCAGAAGCUUGCUUCAUACUUCCUCCAGGCCUUGUUCAGCCGGAUGACCGACUCCGGCGAGCGAUGCUACCGGACCUUAGCAUCAGCGUCGGAGAAGACGUGUUCCUUCGAUUCCACCAGGAAAAUGGUACUGAAGUUCCAAGAGGUAAGCCCAUGGACUACUUUUGGACAUGUAGCUAGCAACGGUGCAAUCUUGGAGGCCUUUGAUGGGGAAAGCAAAUUACACAUAGUGGACAUAAGCAACACGUACUGCACCCAGUGGCCUACUCUGCUGGAAGCCUUAGCCACGCGCACCGACGAGACGCCGCACCUACGUCUCACCACCGUGAUGGCCAACAGACCCUCCUCAAGCUCCGGUGGCAUAGCGGCUGUGCAAAAAGUAAUGAAAGAGAUUGGAAAUCGAAUGGAGAAGUUCGCCCGGCUCAUGGGUGUGCCUUUCAAAUUCAAUGUAGUGCACCACGUAGGCGACUUAUCCGAUCUGAACUUAGCUGAAUUGGACAUUAGAGACGAUGAAGCACUGGCUGUCAACUGUAUCGGCACAUUACAUUCAGUAACCACAGUUGAUAACCGCCGUGACAUCAUCAUAUCCACGUUUCGGAGGCUGCGGCCGAAGAUUGUUACCGUCGUGGAGGAUGAAGCCGAUCUUGACGUCGGUGCCGACGGAUUUGACUUUGUCAAAGGGUUUCAGGAGAGCUUGAGAUGGUUCAGGGUGUACUUUGAGUCUCUAGACGAGAGCUUCCCGCGCGCCAGCAACGAGUGUUUGAUGCUCGAACGUGCAGCCGGGCGUUCACUUGUCGAUCUCUUGGCCUGUUCCCCUGCCGAGUCAAGCGAGCGACGCGAGUCAGCAGCUCGCUGGUCACAGCGUCUGCACGCGGCUGGAUUCAGCCCUUUCGCGUUUAGUGAUGACGUGUCUGAUGAUGUGCGUGCGCUUCUAAGGAGGUAUAGAGAAGGUUGGUCGAUGAUACCUGGAUCCGAUGCCGGAAUUUUCUUGGCAUGGAAAGAGCAGCCGGUCGUAUGGGCUUCUGCUUGGAAGCCUUAACAGGAUAACAGCGACGUCCACACGACGCGCGUGCAUGGUGAUGCUGAGUUCACACGUGCAUGGAAAUGGAAUGGAACUGUUUUGGUAAAGUUAAAACUGGAAGUAGAGGAAGAAUGGGAGAGUGUGGAGUUGGAUUGGAACUGGUUUUCGGUUGGAUAGAAAAGAACCAUUUACGCUUUUAUUAUUAUUAUUAUUAUUAUUAUUUUGUGAUUGCUAUUAAUUAUCAUAUUUGGAGAGCUCAGAUUUAUGUGAUGCAGUUUGCCUUGAGAGGAAGAAAAAAAGACGAGAACAUGCAGAAGGCUCUGCGCUUCUUGCUAGCCCUAGGGAAUGCACAGUGGUUUUAAAUGUACUUAUGCAAAGAUGCGAAACGUGGCAGCUGAGUUGGCAGCCAUUAUGGGUUCAUGUCUUAAUUGUGGUAUUGUUAUUUGUACUUUGCCAAGUUUUUUCUA